AUGUUCAACCUUACAGCACUGGUAGUCUUCUUCUGUUAUACCAAGUUGUGGUCCCACACCAUGGUCUACAUGACAAACCUGGCCAUCGCAGACCUCCUCCUGGUCCUCACUCUGCCCCUGAGGAUCUACUACCAUCUGGGCUUGUCCGGGUUACCUCAGGUCUUGUGUGAAGGGAUGGGCCUGGUUCUUCUGGUCAACAUGUAUGGCAGCAUAUUCCUCCUCACCUGCAUGUGUUUCGACCGCUGCAUGGCCGUGUGCCUACCCAUGUUGUCCUGGGUCCAGGUGGGGCGUAAGAAAGCCCCGCUGGUCUGCCUUGGGGUGUGGCUGCUCACCGCAGGCGCCAGCCUCCCCAUCUACAUCUCCAAACGCAGAGAGGUGUCCAAGGACAUCGAGGUCAAUUGUUUCGGGAACCUCCCAGUCUACGCCAUGCAGCCCAUGGCGGUCGCCUCGACUUUAACCGUCGGCUUCGGCAUCCCCUUAUUGGUGAUGUUAGUCUGUUCCUGGGCAUUGAUCCAGGCCAUCACAAGGAGCUCCAUAGCCCAAACAGACUUCAUCGACUCUGGGAAGAUUCAGAGGAUGAUCACCAUCAGCCUGGUGAUAUUCCUCACCUGUUUCCUGCCCUACCAUGGGACUCUGGCCCUCCUCUAUGUCCAUAGGGAGGCGAUAACAUGCCCCCUUCUGGCAGCAUACCACUAUAGCCUAAUGGUGGCCUGUCUGAAUGCCAUGUUGGACCCACUAGCCUACUACUUCACAACAGACACGUUCAGGAGGAAGAUGGAUAAGGAUUCUAUCAGAAGGAUGUUCCCUGUAAACAGUCACAGCUCUGAGGGGAUCAACAUGAGGGGAUCCAGGGGACCUGUCAAUACCUGA